UUUCGGAUUUUAAUCUCAUAUCAUUCGUUAUUCCUAAAUAAAAUCCAAACACUACGAAAAAUAAAUUAAACACGUAAAUUGAUAUAUCAAUGAGAUCAUUUAUUUUCCUUUAAACUUCCUUUUACGCGUUUAUAAUGAGCUGGAUAUGGAGAACGAUAGCGAAAAUCCCUCAAAAAGGAACGUGACCUUUGCCCGGAACGUCAAUUUACCUCCGACUCGCUCCAGCGGAUAAUACAAUUACCUGGGCUCUGUUUACCUGGAGAAUUCGUCCUGAACAAUACCUUACACCGGCCCUCGCUCAUCGUCUGUUCAGUGCUGAGGAAAAUCAACAGGUGAAAUAAAAAUAAAAUGCAGGGAUCUGUUAUAUGUUAUAAUUGGUGCGGUAUGAGAACAUGUGGUGAGCGGAGAUCUCUGGGAGCUGACAGCUAACCAGAUGCUGUUGGUGACCGCAAUAGGGUCCCCCAUUCCGGGAAAGCUUUGUUGUCUGAAAACCUAAAAUGAACCUCCAUGCUUUUUGUUGGUUAAAUCUCUGCCAGUUGCUGAGGUGAAUAACUGCUUGUAAAUCAUCAAUAAUUCAGAAUAACAUGAGGAUCCACGAUUUCAGGAAAAACGGCUGUUUCCGAAAUUACAAUUUAUCCAGGUUUACUCUUGGCUCAUCAAGUAUUUAUGAACCAUUGAAGCCUAUUGAGUCUACCGGUUGCAAUGGAGACCCCGUGUUUUAUGUACAUCAAGGUCAUCUUCCGACCCACAUGAGGAGCCUUCGACUGUCAGGUCACACUGCCCUACAGGCAGACAGACAUACGUCCUCCCCUACACGCCGUAUCCUUCUGACGGCUGUCGUUACUGCCCUCUUUUUUGUGUCUUUAUUAUGCUUCUUUCUAUCCAUACACAUAUGGAGGACCAAAGAGGGGGAUGAAACAGUAAUGACAACAUUAAGUCCAGAAUUAAAUAAGACCACAUCAAAUAUAACGAUGAUCUCACAGAAAGAAAUAAGUCAAGCAGUCCUCAAGAAUGGCAUCACAAACCACAGGAAAGCUCCCCUGAUAUACAACAACAGAAAAUCCUGCUCAGCCAACGUAUGCAAGAUGUAUUCAGCUUUCCGAUUUAAGUCUUCUUGUUUCCAUGGUUACUGCCAGUGUAGUGGUGAGGGAUACCAAAAGCAAAACUGUCUGCCAAAAUAUGGGGACUGCUAUAUACAGGAGGGAAAGAGGAGAUUUGUUGAUGCACUGAUCAAAGGAAAAAAGUCCACAAUGUAUUCCUGUCACUCACCGAUAAGUUUAGACACUAAAGACAAUUUACACGUGAUUAGUAUAUUUAGUAACAGUCAGAGUGAAGAGACCGUCCUGGAACUCUUCGGAAAUUCCUCGGACCCGACCCCGGUUUCAAUUGUGCUAUCAAAUUAUCAGAAGGUGAAAUGGAGAGUGAUUCUGAAAGGGGUGGUCGUCAAGAAAUUCUAUCUGAUUUCUCUUCAUCAUCUUAAGUGGUCCUCGGUGAAAAUAGAAGACAGUCGGGGUAGUGCCAUGGCGGCACCUCCAGUGGAGAAACUGUUUUCACAGGUGGGGUACGGUGAGGACAGGUGGGGUGGACACACUGUGGACUUAUUAAAGACUAUCAAUCAGCACAUUGCACCUGUCUCUACAUUUCAUGGCGUCGCUACGGCAGACAAGUGGAGGAUCCACUUGAACAAAUUAUAGUUUUAUUUAUAACAAAUAUGGCGUUAUUCCACGAGUCAGGGCAAAGGAUUGAAUUUUAAAUGUGGAAUGCAUUUAGAAAUCCUGCUGUUU